AUGGAUCCCAGUCAAAUCCAGCCAUCCUCAUCUGGAGCAUCACCCACACCACAAAACCAGAAGCUCAAAGACUCGUGUGAUAGGUGUUCUGUCUCCAAGAUAAAAUGCACCAAAGAAAAGCCUUCAUGUGCGCGAUGUGACAAGCUGGGAUACGCGUGUUUCUACAGCCCUGCACGGCGAGUGGGACGGCCACAUCGAUCAAAAGAGUCCUCCAAUAAGAUCGGCGACGCAGACACGCAAACAAGGACCAUUAAACCAAUCAAGUUUAUAGAUGAGGGAGAUAGGCUGCUCUCCCGACUCAACGGGUCAUCUACGCAUGACACCGCCGAUGUCUCCAAUCAACGCUAUACGCACUCUGUGCAACAAGACCAUGUCGCCGAAAACCCGCACCAUCCAGUUGAUCAAGAUUGCACGUUUGUCAUUGUGGAACUCUUCUCUGAAUUGGAGAUUCCUGCCUCGCAGCUUAGGUACUCGUCGUCUGUUGACUCAAGUCUGCUUAACAUGACAACGCAGAUCCUGACUGCUGUCCUCAAUCGUCUCUCUGGUAUUUUGAUCUGCUCUUGUUCCGCCAAGGGCGAAACCGCUAUGUUGAUCUCUGCUGUUUGCAUGACUGUCAUUGAUAUACACGGGAUGAUUCUUGCCAAGUUCCACGAAACGCUAGGAAACAAGGCUAUGGCCUUGCCGGUGAUCGGAGAGCUUUCUAAGGUGGCUACUUUAGUUUUGCAAUUUACUGAUCGAUACAAUGGAGAGUUAUGUCCUGGAGAUUCGAGUGGUCAAUCAGCACUUGCAGGCAAUGCCAUUCCUUUGGACUUUUUGCCAGCGCUGGGCAACUUGAUGCGAGAAAGAUUGCAGCAAAUAACUGAUGAUGCAACAUGUUGGCUAGGAUAG